AUGUUACGAAAAAUACACUGCUGGCCGGCAAGGCGUCUUAAUAAUUCAAGCUGUUCCACAAAGAGGCAAGUCUCGAAAUCCAUAUCAUCCAGGAUUAAAAAGCGCCAAAAGCUGCAUAUCUCCAAGCAUCCCAGCCGCAAAUCUGCUGCAGGACGACGACCGCUUAAGAAAUCCGGUUUACAACAAUUUCAAAAAGCGUCAACUCUGGAAUCUGAAGACCUUACAAACGAAAAUUUGUCGGGUGAUACAGUUAUUCAGGUCCAAGAUUGUUAUCAUCAUCACAGUUCAUCUCAUAUAGAGACUCAUUAUACUAAUAGCAGCUUUUUAGACUAUACGGACAUUACUCCAUCAUCAUGUAUUCCUGACCCCACUUCUAAGGCUGUUAGCAGCCAAAAGAUUUUUUACAACUGUCAAACUUACGAUAUUUCAGAGAAUCAUCAUGUGGUACUUGAACCACCAGUUACUUUGAAAACAGAACCGGUAGUAGAAAUCACAAACCAUUGUGCAUCCAUGAAACCGGAUUCAAAUGCUGCACUUAUCGAAUGCUCUGAACAAUAUUCUUUCUCCAAAUUGAUGAGUAAUUCAGUUCAGAAAAAAGACUCACCUAGUGAUAUCGAACCUAAUUUGUUCAGUGAAGUUGGAUUCGUCAGCGAAGAUGAAACGGUGCAACAUUCUGAUGAAGAAAGUGAACCGAGUGAUUCUUCGUCUUCCAUUGCUCCUCCACAAGAACUGUCUACGGAAAUCUCGGCAAUCGAAGAGUGUGACGAUACAGACUUUGAAGAAAUUGAUGCGUACGCUUUCAUACGCAGCCUUCCACCACUACCUUCUGAUGUUAUUUGUCGUCCGCCUGCAUUACCGAAAAGAACUCGUUCCUCUCCAGAAUUCUGCUUAGUCCUUGAUUUGGAUGAAACUUUAGUUCACUGUAGUUUAAACCCUCUUUUGGAUGCUCAGUUCAUUUUCCAAGUUGUUUUCAAGGUGUUGUAUACAUGGUAUACUGUAUCUGAGUUCUUCGAAGUUGUACUUUUUACAGCUAGUACAAAAGUUUAUGCCGAUCGUCUUGUUAAUUUGAUUGAUCCUAAAAAGAAGUGGAUUAAGCAUAGACUAUUUCGUGAACACUGUGUCUGUGUCAAUGGUAACUAUGUGAAGGACCUACGUGUCCUUGGCCGAGAUCUUCGCAAAACUGUGAUUAUUGAUAAUUCUCCGCAGGCGUUCGGUUAUCAGUUAAGUAGUGGCUGCGAAAGUGUUAAGAAAGACCGUAGUCAAAGGAUGCAAGAGAAUGUUGAAUUCAUCCAGCUCUGCAAGUGAUGGUGUUUUACUUCACGCGAGUAGGCUGUUACAUUGAAAGCAGAUUGACGUACUGCUUCUCAGCGUCAAUCUAUUUCUAUCUUUUAAGGGAUGUAGUAAAUCUGUUUAAUGGAUCACUAUUUCGUAACAUUUCUGCCCAUUGGACCCUUACCUUUGUUUCAUUUGAUUGAUAAACAGUCAGUUUCUCAUUGUAUUCAGCGCCUUUUGCCCAGAUGACUGCUGUAGAAACGAUUUUCACUUAUGUGUAAUAUCAAAUCGAUCUGGGCAAUAUGGUUUUGGCUUAAGUUGGCAUCUAAAAUUUUGUUCAUCGUGA